UCCUCUUUCUCCGUUCAUACCACCUCACCACAACAUUCAACGAGAACAGUAGACCAAGACCCAGCAACCAAUUCUCAACCUUAUUCGAAGUUUCCACUGCCGAUUACCAUUUCUCGCAAGAACACACGCAUUUAUAAUAAAUAAAUUUCAUAUCCAGUCUUUAAAUUUUUCUUUUGUUUCUUUCUUAAACCUCAAUCCACGAUCUUUCUCUGCAAAUCCAAGCGUUUCUGAAUUUUCAAUUUUGUCCGACCCAUCCCCAACAUUCCCAAUCACAAUCCCAAUCCUUCAAUUCAAUCAAAUUCUUUUAUUUCGUGGCUUUAAACGGAGCGACCCGAAUGGGUCCGAAUGAGGAUCCGGAGGACUCGGUGCUGAGUAGACUCGUGGAGUCGGUGAGGGCGAUCUCCGAGUUGCCCGAGUGCCGAAACGUGUGCAGGAAGAUGUACGGAAAUCUGGUGCGGAGAGUGAAGCUCCUGAGCCCUCUGUUCGAGGAGUUGAGGGACAGCCAGGAAGAGCUCGGCGAAGAGGAGGUCAAGGCCUUGGAAUCGCUGAGGCUCGCUCUCGAUUCGGCUAAGGACCUUCUCGGGUCGGUCAACGGAGGGAGCAAGCUCUAUCAGGCUCUGCAAAGGGAAAAGACUACACAGAAGUUCUACCAGGUGACUGAACAAAUUGAAGCAGCUUUGAGUGAGAUUCAUUAUGAUAAUCUUGAUAUAUCUGAGGAGGUUCGCGAACAGAUUGAACUAGUACAUGCUCAAUUCAAAAGAGCCAAAGGAAGAAAAGACUCCCUUGAUUUUCAACUGGACAUGGAUUUAGCCUUAGUACAGAAAGAAAAAGACCUUGACCCUGCAAUACUUAAAAGACUUUCCGAAAAGCUGCAUCUCAAGACUAUCAAUGAUGUAAAGAAAGAGUCACUUGCAUUCCAUGAAUUAGUUGUCUCGAGUAAUGGAGAUCCGGAGAACUGCUUUGAAGAACUGUCAACGUUGUUUAAGAAGAUUAAGGAGUGGGUACUGACGGCAAGUCCACAAUUUGACCCCUCUGAGGGUGAAAAGAGCUUGACUAAACACAGAUCUCCUGUUAUCCCAGAUGAUUUCAGAUGUCCAAUAUCUCUUGAAUUGAUGAAAGAUCCUGUGAUUGUCUCUACUGGACAGACUUAUGAAAGAUCCUGCAUUCAAAAAUGGCUUGAUGCAGGACAUAAAACCUGUCCCAAGACACAACAGACACUGUUGCACACAGCCCUAACACCUAACUACGUUUUGAAGAGUCUGAUUGCUUUGUGGUGUGAGAGCAAUGGUGUUGAGCUGCCAAAAAAGCAAACGAAUUGUAAAAGCAAAAAAUCUGGAAGCAAAGCUUCCGACUGUGAUCGUGCUGCUGUUGAGGCCUUGUUGGAAAAACUUGGAAAUGGGAAUCCGGAACAGCAAAGAGCUGCUGCUGGUGAGCUCAGGUUGCUUGCAAAGAGGAAUGCAGAUAAUCGAGUGUGUAUUGCUGACGCAGGAGCCAUACCUCUUCUCGUAGAACUAUUAUCCUCUCUGGACCCCCGAACCCAGGAGCAUGCUGUUACAGCCCUUCUCAACCUUUCCAUCAAUGAGAGUAACAAGGGAACUAUUGUAAAUGCGGGAGCCAUACCUGAUAUAGUAGAUGUGUUGAGAAAUGGCAGCAUGGAAGCUAGAGAAAAUGCAGCUGCAACUCUUUUCAGUUUAUCGGUAGUAGAUGAGUACAAGGUGAAAAUAGGGGCUGCAGGGGCUAUCCCAGCUCUUAUAACGUUGCUUUGUGAGGGGACCCCUAGAGGGAAAAAGGAUGCUGCCACCGCUAUUUUCAAUCUUUCAAUCUAUCAGGGGAACAAGGCAAAGGCUGUAAAGGCAGGUAUCGUGGUCCCACUAAUGAGAUUGUUGAAGGAUGCUGGAGGUGGGAUGGUGGAUGAAGCACUAGCAAUUAUGGCCAUUCUUGCGAGUCAUCCUGAAGGGAAGACAGCAAUUGGUCAGGCCGAGCCAAUUCCUGUUCUGGUGGAGGUUAUUAGAACUGGUUCCCCACGCAAUCGAGAGAAUUCUGCUGCUGUACUGUGGUCUAUAUGCACAGGUGAUUUGCAGCAAUUGAAACUAGCAAGGGAGGUUGGUGCGGAAGAGGCACUGAUGGAACUCUCAGAGAAUGGCACUGACAGGGCGAAGAGAAAAGCUGGAAAUAUUUUAGAGCUCCUUCAACGAAUUGAAGAGCCUGUUGAUACAUAGAAUUCCAAGUGUUUGGAUGAAGAAAGUAUAGUUCCUCAAUAUGUUUCAGGUUGUAUGAGAAUAUAUACUUCCGCUUGGCUUGGUGUUCAUGCACAGAGAAGUAUGUGUGGGGGGCUGGGUACCAAGGAUGGCGUGUGCUGGGAGGUGUUUAAGAUGGGUUGUAGCUCGUCCAAUAGUUUGCAUCCAUGAAAAGUGAGAUAGAUUAUCGGCUGUUCCACUUCCAAAAUUUGACUAGCAUUCUCAGGACGUACUUAUUAGUCUUUUGCAACAAGGGGCAGCCGACAAUCAACAUUUUCAGAAAAUUUUCAUGCCUUGUACGGGUUUUGUGAUAGAAAUUGGAAUAACGAGGUACAUUUGUAACUCUUACCUGUCUUGCUUCUUCAAUUUUAUCUGUUGUUGUAUAUGGUUUUAACAAACAAAGUAUCAGAUGUCAUAUAUAUUCAUGUGUACAUCAGAACUAAAUAUAAAUGCUCGUGUAUGUUAUUGGCA